UCACAAUCUGCCGUUACUAAUUUGACACCAUCUGAAGGCCGGAAAGCAACCAACAGCCGUGGUCAUUGUCUCACCAUCAGCCACUACAAAAUACUUACGGAACCCAAGAACGGACUUCAAGAUGGCCCGCAAAAGUCCAACCGAGAUCUUAGCAACCAGCCCCCUAGAUCUAACCCCCUACGAAGAUCUCUAUAAGCAUUUCCACGCGCACCCCGAGCUCUCCAAAGGGGAAAGGGUGACUGCUGAAAAGAUAGCGAUCCACCUCGCGCAAUGGAACGUCUAUGAGAUCCAUACCCAGAUCGGGGGCCACGGAGUCGCCGGCGUCCUGCGCAACGGGCCGGGCAAAACCGUCCUCCUGCGGGCGGACAUGGACGCGCUCCCCGUGCGAGAAGUCACCGGCUUAGCCUACGCCAGCACCGUCACGAUGCACGACGCCAGUGGUGUGGAGAAGCCAGCCAUGCACGCCUGCGGCCACGACAUGCACAUCACCUGUCUGCUGGCGGCGGCCGAGCGGCUGGUGCGGGUCCGGUCCGAAUGGAGCGGCACGUUGAUUGUGGUAUUCCAGCCGGACGAGGAGCGUGGAGAAGGCGCACGCGCGAUGGUCGACGAUGGGCUGUACGAUAAGAUCCCCGUUCCCGAUUAUGUGUUUGGCCAGCAUGUCAUGCGCAUGCGCGCGGGGACUGUCGGAUCGCGGCCCGGCACAAUCAUGGCUGCGGCGGAUAGUUUGAAGAUCACGCUGUUUGGGCGGGGCGGGCAUGGGUCUCUGCCCCAUCAGACGGUGGAUCCGGUGCUUUUGGCGGCAAAUGUGGUGGUGAGGUUGCAGGGGAUCGUGAGUCGGGAGAUCGAUCCGAGUGAUCUCGCGGUGGUGACGGUGGGGAGUCUGCAGGCGGGUCAGGCGGAGAAUGUCAUUCCGGACACGGCGGAGCUGGGUGUGGACUUUCGCUCGGUGAGCCUGGAGACCCGGGACAAGAUCCUGGCGGCCAUCAAGCGAAUCGUCGAGGCCGAGUGUAUGGCAAGUGGCUCGCCGCGCCCCCCGGUCUUCACGCCAACGCGACACUUCCCACCCACAAUUAAUGACAAGCAAGUAACAGCCGAGCUGGCCGCUACCUUUGGAGACCACUUCGCCGACCGCUUUGACGCCGACACGCCGCGGACUAAUGUCAGUGAGGACUUUUCCAUCCUGGGGACCAGUCAGGGCCGUCCGUGUUCGUUUUGGUUCUUUGGAGGCAUCGAUUCAGAUUUGUGGGAUGAGGCGGAAAGCAAAGGUUGUCUUCAUGAGAUUGCUGGCAACCACUCUGCUUCGUUUGCUCCGGCUAUUCAACCAACGUUGAGGACAGGAGUGGACGCUCUUUGUCUUGCUGCGUUGACAUAUAUGAAGAAGGGAGGUCCCUAUAUGGAAGCACAAUGUACAUAGAACC